UAAAACGUAUCUCUGCCUGCUUAUAAGUACGUUUAAAAAGAAUGUUUUUUUAUUAAUACUCUGUAUAAACCCCCACACGUUCCCUUUGACUACAAAGUAGUCAACAGAUUGUAACGUUAAUUACACCAAUUAAACAUCAAUAUGUUAUGUUGACAGUAAUUUAGGUCUCUCCUCAUCAGAGGAUGCGAGUAUAGUGCAUAUUUAACAGAUAUCUAUAAAAGACAAAAUAUAUGCAUUGGGGAGAGUUUUUAUGCGUUCAAUUUAUCAGUCCCGUUCGUUUGGCAUUUAUAAUGAAACAUACAAUACAUAAACUUUAUGGUGGACAUGAUUGAUAGAUAAUAGUGAAAAAAGAAAGUGAACUGAAGAAGUGCGCAACAUAAAAACAAAUAUUUACUUCGCAUUAAAAACAGUUGAACAAUGGAAAAGCUUUCUUUGAACGAAUGUUUGGCAUAGUUUACCUUCUUUAUUGAUCUUUAAUUCAAGUUAAUACAUCUUGACCGCAUUUAUUUUAACGAGAAGCUUUUUAUUCUUUUACUGAAUACUCUUUUAAACCGCAAAAACACAAAAUGGACAUUUCUAUACAUCUUUAUGUACUACUGUGCUGUUACUUUCUGAAAGCAGAUGGAAUAAAGCCACCACAGGUGUGUGGACAACAAACGUCGAUAUCAUUUUUGGUAGACUACUCAAAGUCAGUACCGAAGAGUGUUUACAAAGUUCAAUAUGAUUUUGUUCAAACAUUGGUUACUCAAAAAUUUGGAACUAAUAAACUGCAAGUUAGCCUGGUUGUUUUUCUUAACAGUGGAACUUGCAGUAACACAAAUCCCAAUUCUAAAAUGUACAUGAAUGUAAAGAAUAACGAAAUUUUUAUAGCUGUCCAUUCGGAAAUAAAAAAUCCAGGAAACAAAAUCAGAAACGAUUAUAACACAACAUGUGCGAAUAGACUUUUGUAUGGAAUUCACAACACAUCAAAGACAUUUGGACAAAGAUACACUAUAAGUUUUGUUUCUUCGAAAUCCCUUUCUGAAGAAAAGUUGACACAAAUUAUUAAAAAUUACGAAAACAAUGAGAGAUACCUUAUAAUUUUUAUUAGUGGUGCUAACAAUGUUAAAGCCACUUAUUAUGUUAAACUUUUAAAACGUGGAGGAAAUAAUUACAAAUUAAACAACCGAGAUGCUGAAAAUCUACUAAAACAGUUAUUGGAAAAGAUAUGCAGAGUUUAUUCAACAACAUUGCCUCAAACGAGAACGACAAAACAAAACAGUCCUUCUUCAUUAGCUACGACACAGUCGCUCUCAACUUUUACAAAUACAAUUAAAACAACUGCCACGUCAGAUAAUACGACGAUGUCAACUAGAUCGUCGGUUACAACUUCUGCGAUGACGACAACAGAAAAACCAACAAAACCAACCACACUAUUCACGCCUGCUGCAAGGAAAAACAUAGAAUGUGGCAAACCCACUGGCAUCGCCAUAUUAAUCGACUACACUGAAGGCGUACCAGAUGCAGUACUCACAGAAAUAUAUCGGAUUGAAGUGCGAAUGCAGCAAAGAUUCAAAGAUAACUCAUUGGUGAAAAAUUCACAUCAGUACAAUGGAGUUUCUUGUGGGAAUACAACUAAUCUUCAACUAGAUGAUCCGGUGAGUAAUCCACGUAAAACCUACCGAAUGGAUAGUGCAAACGUUUGCUUGAAAGAAUAUCUCAAAAGUCUUACAAAUGAUGGUAGUAGACGCAGGAGAAACUUUUAUUCCAUGAACAUAGCAUUAUCAACAUCGGUCGAAGAAUGGAUUCCAGAUCACAUCAAACAGAAAAAUAUUGAUGCAUCUAAAUAUUUAGUCUUCUUUGUAAAUGCAUCAGAUGGCGAACAGAGAAUAUUUGAUAUCAAUCUUCCUACAAAGGAUAACUUACUUAUUAAUGACAUCAACGACUUAUUAGACAAAAUAAUUUUAUUCGUAUGUCAAUACACUCCAACAGCAACGCCAGUAACAGCAACUAAAAGACAAGGGUCAUCGACAUUCUACCUUCCAACUACUUCUACAUCUCGUUCACGCCCUUCUCAACCAACACGUUCUUCUCGCCCUUCUCGUCCAUACUCCAGUUCAAGCACUUCUCGUCCAACACGUCCUUCUCGUCCGUCCACCGAUUCACGCACUUCUCGCCCAUCACGACGUUCUCGUGCGCCACACACUUCUCCAACCAAUACUAAACGAAAAAAGUUAAAAAAAGAAAUCAGAAACUUCACAUCACAAAAUAUUACAACUGAGCAGCUUUCAAACACAACUUGGGCAACCAAUUUCCUACAGUCCUCAUCUGAACUGUUGAAUCAAACGCAACAAAAAGAUACAGAUGUGGAGGAAGACGAGGCUGAAGAAAUGAUGAAGUUUAUAGAAGAAACAUUAGUUAAAGUUGGAACUAGCCUGCCUGUUGGAGCGUCUGUCAGUAUUGUGACAGAAAGUCUUGUUGCUGAUGUCACUGCAGUGGAAACAAAAACAUUUCAAGGUUAUCUGUUUCCAAAUCAGAGUACAACUGAAAACAAAGCAUCUUUGUUGAAUUUACCACACAAUUUAUUAAAAAAUUCAACUUCAGAUAAAACAGGUAUCGUAGGAAUGAAGUUUAAGCCUUUGGUAUCCAUGAAAAAAGUUGCGAAUCAUCUUGCAGUUGGAGAUGAUGUGAUUUCUAUAUCAGUAGAUCCUCCAGUUAGGACACCAUUUGAAGAACCAAUAAAUUAUACAAUGAUACGAAUACAGAACAAUUUUAAUCAUCAACAAUGUGUUUAUUGGAAUACAAGUUUGGAGAAAUGGGAUUCGUUUGGCUGUAACGUCAGUGAAAUCAGUGAAGAAUAUAUUACUUGCCAAUGCACACACAUGACUUCAUUCUCCAUUUUAAUGCAAGUCAAAGAUUUCGAGAUUGCAGAUAAACAUGUAUUUGCUUUAGCAGUUCUCACCUACGUUGGAUGUGGAGUGUCAGUCGCCUCUUGUAUCUGCCUGAUACUGAUCUAUGUUUGUCUUAGGCGUAUGUUAAGGAUUGACCGAAAUGUUAUUCACGUGAAUCUAUCUUUUGCCAUAGCAAUUGCCAAUGCAUUGUUUUUAAGUGCUGAUUCUGCAACUAAAAAAAAGGAUAUAUGCUUAGGAAUAUCGAUCGGCAUGUUGUAUUUUUACCUAGCAACUUUUUUCUGGAUGUUCGUGGAAGGAGUACACGUCUAUCUAAUGAUGUUCAAAGUUUUUAAAAGCAAAAAGAGAAUGCCGAUUUAUUUAUUGAUUGGUUGGGUUUUUCCUGCUUUUAUUACUGCUGGAGUUUCUCUGAAAUAUCACAGCUUGAUGACGACGGAAGAAUUUUGUUGGUUGUCAACCGAAAAAGGCGUUAUAUGGGCAUUUGUUGGUCCCGCUCUUUUCGUUAUAGUUGUCAACACUGUUAUUCUGUGUAUGACACUGGUGGCGUCUAGACGAAUAAGUGUGGGCGACGACGGUGAACCUGAGUUAAAACGUAUCGCCCGUUUGACGUUAGUGCUAAUGCCUAUCUUUGGCAUUUCAUGGGUCAUAGGAGUCUUUGCUAUCAACGAGCAAACGAUUUUAUUUCAGUAUAUAUUCACCGCCGUAAAUGUUUUCCAAGGUCUUUUUAUUUUCAUCGGGUAUGGAAUGAUGAAUAACGAAGUGCGUCGGGAGGCUUCGCGACGAAAACAAAUGUUCCAUUCUGCUGACAUCAGCCGUUCAAUAUCCACAGGGAAAACAAAUUAUGCAUCGACAAUGAAAUCACACAGGUUUUCAUCCGUCGAUAACCCGACAUAUAAUGGGGGUUACUUGACAUCAACCAGUGAUGCAGUUGACACGCCGUCACCUAGCAACAGUUACCGCAGUUCGAUUGUUGGUGAUGCCCCACAAGAUAAAGAACCGGACUAUGCGAUCAACGAAAGCUAUCGCUCUUCCACCUUUCUUACCCAACAAAGAUAUUUAACCAAGAUAUGAUAGCUGUAACACAUUUUCGACUAAAUGGUUGCAUGUAACAAUACUAUUAAAUUGUUUCGAGAUAAAAAUAUCUAACGUAACGAACAAAAAAGAGUUUUGGACAAAAAUCGUUGUCACGUGCUUCUGAGAUCAUUAUAUAAACUGUUGAAUAAAAACUUUUCUAGAAAAUAAAGUUUUAUGUUGUUAAUAAUACUGUACAGCGCAGAUUAAAAAUUGUAUCAAAAAAUCUA